UUACCCCUACAAGACAACAUGUGCGACUGUCUCAAACAAAGUGUAGCAUCUUGUUGAAUUGUCGCGUAUAAAACCAGACCUUGAUUCGUCUCAAGAACUGGCUAUAUCACGCUUUCAACAAUGGCGAAAAAUCAACAACAGGUCAAGCGAAAGCGUGAUGAAUCUGCUAAACCACCACGUUGGCAGGAGAUGGAAGAGGAAAAGGAAGAGGAGGACAUUGCAUCGGUUGCUACUCAGACGCGCGCCGAUGCCGAGGUUGAGAAGCCAACAGAUUUGCCCGCUGCCGCAGCCACUUCGAUCCACGACAAGGCCGUGAACGGCGAAGAGCAGAACCAGGAGAAAGAGGACGCAGACGGUGUACUGCCACCACCACCGAGCAGUCCCUCCAAAAAAACAACCCCAUCACACAACGUCCAGUCGUCAGACUACAGUAAGGGCGCGGUCCUUCUCCACUCACAACUCAUGCCCCAUGGAUCGGCUCUCAGCACAACCAGCAAUUUGAAUGGUGGUUUCCUUCGGGUGGUGUCCAAGCAGAUUGAUUUCGAUGUCAAGGGAAGGAUCCAUACUGUCGUACCAAAGGAACUGAGAAGUACGUUUGUAAGCAAUGAUGUUAUGGUCAAGUUGGGAUGGGUGAAGCUGUUCAAGGCCCUGUUGCACCUGUGGCAGAAUGCCGAGAUCGAGACUGACGAGUUCAUUGUUGAGUAGGAACCGGGGGCUGAGACUUGUUCAGAUGCAGUCGGGGUGUUUGUUUUCGGCGUUCACAGAUCGGUUUGUUUGUUUUCUGUGGUGUUUCUGAGUUCGUUUGAUACAGUUGUGUUCGAUAGAUGAACAUUGUGUUUUCACCAUCUCUGAGGAAUCGAAUAUCAACAUGAUAUCUGCAGAGAGGGGAACUGCCGGCCACAGAUCGGGACCCACAGGCAGUUUAG